UGGAACGCUGAUGCACACAUCUGGUCAAUAACUCUUAUUAAUAACAUUUAUCCAUGUUAUAAACUGACAUAAUGGCGGACAAUAGGCCUCGUGAGGGUGGCCGUUCCACCUUCGGAUGGCUUUGUCAGGUCAUUAUGCAGAUUGUAGUGAUGCAUAUAUUGAUUUCUUUCUGGAGAUCUAAGCAGGGUAAUCAGGUGACUCCUUUAUCUGGUAGGAAGGACGGUUCAUACCGGAACUAUUUCAGAAAUAACGAGUUAUUUGAUGUCUUUGUUUAUGUUAGUGAGAAGUCUUAUGUUGAUUUCAAUUCACUUGGAACCGAUGCUGAUCUUGUCUAUUCUGCGGAGAACCGUGUCUAUACACACAAGUUCAAUCGUUCCUUUGAAGUUGAAGAGUUGCAGAUACCUGCUAGAUCUCACUUCUUUAGUGAUGAGCAUGUUAAUUUAUUUGCAACUGUAUUUCUAGUUCCUCAUAAGGCUUACUCUACUAGAUCAACACCUUUUCACAAGUCAGUUUUGAGGGAAGGAUUCGAUGGUCAUAUAAUCGUGAAGUCUCUUCCUUUGAUUACUUUCCGUGAAGUAAAGCAUGAAAAAGGUGUGAAUUUGGUAUCUUCCGAUAGUUCUCAGGUUAUUCCCGAGAGUCAUGAGCUUCGUAAGCAUUGGAUUCCUCGUUUGGAUGUGAAUGUGGUUUACGACACUAGUGUGCAUAUAUUGGAUCCUCAUGACCCUUACUAUCAUGUUUACGAACGUGUUGACAGUCAUAAGGUUUACGACCCUUUGUUAUAUUUAUCUCAGUUUUGGGUGCUUGAGGAGCACUACAAGCACGUAACUCCUGAAAUGGCUGGGAAUCCAUUGAUGUUGAAUAUACACUUUUCAACUUGUAGUCCAACUUAUUAUCUCAUUUGCGCUCAGUUCAAGAAGAACAGUGAGACUGGUGGUCUUUUAGGUCAGCAGUCAGCUAAGGAGUUUGAGAUGUUUAAGCGUACCUUGAUGACUACGAACAUUUACAUGUUGAUAUUCUCUGGUGCCUUUAUAUUACUUCACAGUGUCUUCUCAUUCUUCGCUUUGAAGAACGACAUUCAAUUUUGGCAUCGCAACGACUCUAUGGAGGGUUUAUCGGCAUUAUCGGUUAUUAUCAGUUUUGUUUGUGACAUCAUUGUUGCUUUGUACAUUUUCGACAGUGAGAAUGUUUCAUGGUUGAUUAUUUUCGAGAUUGCUAUAGGUCUGGUUGCUUCUGCUUGGAAGGUAAGCAAGGCAAUUAGGAUUCGUUUUAAGCGUCAGUAUCCCUUUAUUGAGUUGGAUAAUGCCAAGAACUACGUGGAAUCAAACACUAGGAAGUAUGACCACAUUGCUAUUAAGUACAUGAGCAUUCUUAUGUUACCUUGUGUUUUGGGCUAUGCCAUUUACUCUCUAUUUUAUGACAAGCACAAAUCAUGGUAUUCCUAUAUUAUAUCGGUGGCUGCAGGUUCAGUCUAUACUUUUGGUUUUAUUAUGAUGACUCCUCAGAUUUACAUUAACUACAAGUUGAAAUCGGUAGAUCAUUUACCGUGGCGUGCGUUGAUAUACAAAUCACUGAAUACGUUUGUUGACGACGUGGCAUCAUUUUUGAUUGAGAUGCCUUGGAUGCAUCGUUUAUCAUGUUUCCGUGACGACAUUAUUUUCUUUUGUUACUUGUACCAGCGUUGGGCAUAUCGCGUAGACCCUAAUCGCCCAUCGGCAUGGAAGGCUCCCACUCCUGAAAUUGAAUCUUCGGAGCAGGAAGGUGGCAAAAAAGCCUUGGACGACUCUGCAUCUGGCGGCAGGGCCAACACACAUGAGGGUCCCGCCAGACGUAGAUGAUCUAUUGAUCGUUCAUUUUCAAGGCG